GCAGGCGCGGCGCGCGGCUGUCGCGGUGCCGGUCCGUACGCGGGUUCCGGCAUGCCGGGCUGGAGUCUUGUGGCCGGGUCCCGGUUGCCUGCGCGCCAUGGAAUGCCUGCGUUGCCUGCCCCGGCUGCUGCCCCGCGCCGCGCAGUCCCGGCGAGCCCUGCGUACCGCGGCUGCGCGCCUGAGCCCCGCGGCCUGCGGCGGCCGCGCCACCCGGCUGCUCGGGAGCCCGAAGGCGCCGAGCGCGCCCCGCGCCUCCGGUGAUGGGCACCGGUUUAGAACCUCUGAUACCUCUCAAGCUACAUUAGCCAGUGUGGCCCAGGUGUUUGCUGUGACAAAAUUUGACAAAGAAGGAAAUGUGACCUCUUUUGAGAGGAAGAAAACUGAGUUGUACCAUGAGUUAGCACUCCAGGCUAGAGACCUGAGGUUUCAGCACGUGAUGAGCAUCACUACCAGGAACAACAGGAUCAUCAUGAGGAUGGAGUAUUUGAAGGCUGUGAUAACUCCAGAGUGUCUUCUAAUACUAGAUUAUCGGAAUUUAAACUUGGAACAGUGGCUGUUUCGGGAGCUACCAUCACAGCUGGCUGGGGAAGGUCAGCUUGUCACAUACCCAUUACCGUUUGAGUUCAGAGCUAUUGAAGCGCUCCUGCAGUAUUGGAUCAACACCCUUCAGGGGAAGCUUAACAUCCUGCAGCCACUGAUCCUUGAGACCCUGGAUGCAUUAGUGGAUCCCAAGCAUUCUUCUGUGGACAGGAGCAAACUGCAUGUCCUACUCCAAAAUGGCAAGAGUCUCUCUGAGUUAGAAACAGACAUUAAGAUUUUCAAAGAGUCCAUUUUGGAGCUCUUGGAUGAGGAGGAGAUGCUGGAAGAACUCUGUCUCACCAAGUGGAGUGAUCCACAGGUCUUUGAGAAGAGCAGCGCUGGGAUUGACCAUGCAGAGGAGAUGGAACUGCUGCUUGAGAACUACUACCGGUUAGCUGAGGACCUCUCUAAUGCGGCUCGGGAGCUCCGAGUCCUGAUCGACGACUCCCAGAGCAUCAUCUUCAUCAACCUAGACAGCCAUCGCAAUGUGAUGAUGAGGUUAAAUCUCCAACUGACCAUGGGAACCUUCUCUCUUUCACUCUUUGGACUAAUGGGAGUUGCUUUUGGAAUGAAUUUGGAAUCUUCCCUUGAAGAGGACCAUCGUGUGUUUUGGCUGGUUACAGGAAUUAUGUUUAUGGGAAGUGGCCUCAUCUGGAGGAGGUUGCUUUCAUUCCUUGGAAGACAGCUGGAAGCUCCUUUGCCCCCUAUGAUGGCUUCCUUACCUAAAAAGACCCUUCUGGCAGAUAGAAGGAUGGAAGUGAAAAACAGCCUCAGGCCAGAAGGACUUGGAGCAAGCAGGACUGUCCUGGCAAGCCGCUAACAGCAGCCUGGCAGACAAAGAGUUUUAUACAUCUGACACUGUUACCACUUUCUGGGGAAAAAGACAACUGUGUUUAAGUCUAACUGAAAAUACUGUGGCAUUCACAAUACUAAAACUUGAUGGCAUCUUUGGAAUUCCGUGACACAAAGUGCUUUCUUUGUAAAAGGCCAAAAUCUGUGGCCUAGCAACCUUGAAUACUGUUUUUAUGGGCUUUUUAAAGUAUGGAUUGAUUUAUUGUGAGAUACACUUAUCUAGACUCAGUGCCAUUAUAUAUAUCAAGAAGAGUCCAGCUCUGUGCUGAAGGAGCGGAGGAACCCGGCAGAGCCCAUUCAUUGUUCCUGAGCUUAUGGCCGCAGUUCCUCACACGGGGAGUCUUGUUCCUAUCAUCUUCUGACUCAGGGUAGAAAGCUGGCAGAUCUGUUAUCCUUGCAGCAAACCCUGGAAUGUCAGUCCUUGAUAGAACUUUAUUUUCAGGUAUUUGCUCUCUAUUUAUUUAUUAGAUAAAAGGAAGUUUAAUUUAAUGUCAGCAUAUCUGGAUUCCAGUUAAUCAAGAUUAUUACUAUUUUUCAUUGAUUGGUUAUAAAUAGAACCUUGGGAAGUAAAGUUGAAAGAAAGUGUUUAUUCUCUUACAAUUUUAUAGCUAAAAUUUUUCUAUUUUUCUUUAAUUGGUUAUAAAUAGAACCUUGGGAAGUUGGAAGUGUUUACUCUCAAUUUUAUAGCUAUUUUGAUCAUUGCCUGAUUUAAGAGAUUGUCAUGCUACCCCCCCCCCAAAAAAAAAAAAAAGAAAAUGUAUACAGCCAGCUGAUGUGUUUGCCUACCUCUCAAACUUAGCAGAUGGGCUUGUCAAACUAGAGGAUAGCUGACGUAAGAAUUGUGGAAGCGUGUUCUCCCAAAUCGGAAGCUCUUUUUUAAAAGUCUUGUUAAAAAAAUGUUAUAGCAGAUGUGGUUGGUCCAUCACCUGGACUCCAGUUCUUGAAGGCUGCAGCAGGAAGAUUAUGGAGAGUUUGAGGCCAGCCUGGGCUACAGAGUAAGUUCUAGGCCAGUGGAGGUGAUAGAAUGAGUUCCAGGCCUGCCUGGAUGAUGUAAAGUAAGACUGUUUCUCAAAACGCCAAAUGAAAUGGGGCUGGGAGUGCUGCUCCCUGGUUGAGUGCUCACCGCAUGGAUCAACCCUCUAGCAGUACAUAGUAAAUAGCCACAUUGCUGAUACCUGUCAGUCUGAGAGCUGUCAUCCUGAUACCUAUGCAGCCUGCCUUUGUGUAUUUUCUGGAGUUUUCAUUCAGUUGUAUGCUAGAACAUUAAAAAACGUGCUUCCCAAAGUAAUACCCUUCUUAAGAUUGUAGUAAGGCUAGAGCAACUCUCAGUCUGCAGGGUAGGAAUAAUGAAGAAGUACACCCACCCCAGAGGACGGGCACUGAUUGCCCUAAUAGUAUCCCACAAGAAUGUCAGGUCUAUUUACUGGGUAAUUUAGUGACAAGAAUAAAAAAGUUUUACUCCAGUAGAAAACAGAAAGUUAUAAGUAAGCUCCCCUCCUGUUGUGGGGCUGUGAGAAGCUGGUCCAGGGCAGCUGAGCUGGCCUGGUGUUCCAGCUGAGAGUGGCCCCUUUGCAUCUCUGGGUGAGAUGUUGGAAUGUGACUAUGGAAACUGUAGCAGCUGAAUUCUUUGAUAGCAUCCAAGAUCAUCUUUGAUGAUGCCUGGAUUUCACAGCACCCCUCCAGCACACCAAAGAGCAUUCUGCUGCUGUGGUCACUUAAGCUAUGACGUCUUAGAUUUUGCUGAGCUGAGAUACAUGUAGAAUUGGAGUCCAUUUGACCACAGGUCAGACAGGACUGAAUCUAAUUUUCCCAUGUUCUGUUAGUUUAUGAGCUUGAAUAAAGUAAUUGUCUUGAUUAGUCAUGUCCCUCCUAGCAGAGGGACAAAAUGUAACUACUUCUCAGAUAAAAGAACAGAACUGGUAAUUUGUAAAAUUUUUAAAGGUCUAAGAUCAAUAAGGAUUUUCAAGUGAAACUGCUACUUAAAGGAAAUGUUGUAAUUGUUGUAAAUGCUACUUAAAGGAAAUGUACAAAAUGUUGUAAAAAACACUUAGUUUUAUGAAUGAACAAGCAGUCACAUCCCACUUUGAGCAUGACCAAGGAUGUGUGAUACUUUUGACAGUCCGCUCUUAUGUUCAGAGCCUCUGAACCAGUGAGGACCAAGCAGAGGUCAUCCUAUGAAAUGAUCCCUCCUCGCUUUGCCCUUGACAACAGACUGGAGUAUACACUAAACAGCUCCCACCGACAGGCUGUGUGGCAGGUCCAGGAGCUGUGCAAAACUUUAUUUCUUGGAAUGACAGCAGUGAAGCAACAUUUGAACUUUAGUGUGAUAACUUCAGUAAUGUCCAGAGAGGUGAUCUAAUGGAGGGAUUGGAAUGGGGUCUAGAGACCUGAGCUCUACUCCAAAACUAUCAUCCUAACUUCAUAGUCUGAGGAUAAGACAUAAAGUUAUUCCCAUCUUGAAGCCUUGAAAAUGUACAGAGAAAUAUAGAGAAGCAAUAUGUGAAUGUCUGUUGGAGUCUUGAGGUAAAGAUCACCAGGUUAAACAGUCGCAUGGGGUUGCCGCUUUAGUUUGCUCCAUCUGUGUUACUAAGCAUUGUAGGGCUGCUUCUCAGAGCCGUUAGUCCUUGUUGGAAGACUGUAAGCCACCUGUGGUGGGUAGUGUUCAGACUGUCAUAUGCUAAUUUUUUAUAUAUCAGGUUUUUCCAUAUUCUUCACAUUGUCCUUCAAAGGAGUCAAUAUUUUAAGUAUCCUUUCAACUUGAAGAUGGGUUUGAUAUCUAUAAGCUUUCAGCUUUCUUUAACUGGUACCUGCUACAUGAUAUGUUCAGAGAUUGAGCUAAAGAUAAAUUCUGUGGCCACAUUUA